CACCUCGGCUCCUCCCCGUCCCUCCGGGGACCUCUCCCCUCCCUCCGCCCCACUCGGGAGGCCGGGCUGGACCUGCCCCAGAGCGGCCACCAGCGCCUCUGCCACCCCAUGGAGGACGGUCUGCUGGAGAUCAUGACCAAGGACGGCGGCGACCUGCCGGCGCCUCUGGAGGUGUCCGCCGUGCCGGCCGUGGGGGACGUGAUCUCCGGCGAGUACAACGGCGGCAUGAAGGAACUCAUGGAGCACCUGAAGGCCCAGCUGCAGGCCCUGUUUGAGGACGUGCGGGCCAUGCGGGGGGCCCUGGACGAGCAGGCCUCGCACAUCCAGGUGCUGUCGGACGACGUGUGCGCCAACCAGCGGGCCAUCGUCUCCAUCCAAGAGCCCGAGACCCCUCCGCCUGGGAUGGAGGACAGCGGUUUGCUGGAUCGCGACCCCGAGGACGAGGAGGACGACGAUGAAGAAAAGGAAAUGCCCAGCUCCCCCACACCCACGAGUCCCUUUGAGCGCGCCGACAGCCCCUGCGCUGGUCUCCUUGGGGGGGACGGGCCACUUGUGGAGUCCCUGGAUCUCCCCGAUAUUACCCUGCUGCAGCUGGAGGGCGAGGCCUCCCUGUGAGGGGACUCCCAGGGGCACCGCUUUCCCGAGCUGGCGUUGGGUUUCCGAGUGCAUGACGCGAGUGGACUGAACAAGCGCGGUGCAGCACGCUUCACUCCGACCGCUGCUCUGUGGAUCAGGCAGAGAGAGAGAGAGAGAGACUCCUUGAGGAAGGAUUUAUAGGGUGAAGGACUUUGGGAGCAUCGAGAAUUCUUUCUGCCUAACCAAGCCAGAGACGUAGCAAACUGCAGAAAGGUGAGGUUCCAGGAGAGGAUGCGCUCAUCUCUGGACUCCCAUCCAUCCCCUCCCCUGUCCUUCCGCCCCCACCCCAGCCAACAGGAGAACCCCUGAAUUGUGUAAAUAAAACUCUGCUUUUUCUAUUCUGAAAAAGGACUUAUCCAGGACUACGGCAAAUUGUCUCCAACGAUUUACCUAGAAAUUAAAGAAUUGGGGUAUUCUGUUCUGGCAACAGAAAAUUUCCCCUUCUGCUGAAAUCCAGGAUAUUCAGCGCUCUGCAGAAGCCUCUCCCCUCACAGAUCUUUGCGGCUGCUGAUUGGUAAAGGAGGCUUGAGGAGGGAACUGCAGCCCUAGAAAUCUAGGAGAAUGGGGUUCCCAGGGCCCCUGGCUGGGAGGAGCUGGCUAUGAAUGUGCAUGAAGACAAAGUAGCUCAACCUCUCUAGGAUUUUGCAUGCAGAGCGGAUCCUGCUUUGUCGCUGACUACAUCUGGAAUUGCUUUUUCCACUCGCUGGGACUUAGAGAACAAAGAGCCGGCUCACAGGCAGAGACUUGGGGGUGCUCAGCAACAGCCCAGAUUUAGGGGACAUUUGAGGGACUUUUGGGGGCCACAGCCAAAAACUGUCUCUCUCCUGGCUACACCCGCUUAUCUUCAGUUCCUUUUCCUGUCAAUAUGUCCCUGCCCUCUGCUUCUCGGUCUUGCCUCCAUUAUGUCUUGUGUGUGUUAUGUGUGUCCACUUGUGUAGUAGUAUGUGAGCCCUGAGGGGCAGGGCUUGUGGCUCUGGUGUUAGGUUCAGGGGGCUUCAGACCCUUCUAUGAGCCCCAGGCUGUCAUGGCGCUUUCCGCUCUCCUUCCCCCUUUCCUCCCACAACCAGGGCAUGGAGCAUGUGGCUGUCCUGAGGUUCUUAACUGAUGUGCCUCCCUCCUAUCUCCUCCAGUGGUGACUUUGUGUGCCCUUCCUCCUCCUCUGUGUAUUCCUUCUCAAUGCUUUUCUUGGUGUUAAUCUUAAUAAAGAGGCGUCAUCCCCCUC